AUGGGUUUAAAACGCUCAAAGAUUCGGUCAUGGGGGGAUCUCUCUGAGGCAUUCUUGAUACAAUAUAAAUAUAACCUUGACAUGGCUCCGACAAGGCUUCAACUGCAGAAUAAGUCUCAAAUAUCUAAUGAAACCUUCAAGGAAUAUGCUCAAUGUUGGCGCGAAGUGGUGUCUAGGGUUCAACCAGCAUUAUCUGACAACGAAUUAGUAGAUCUCUUCAUGGGUACACUGCAAGGUUUGUAUUUUGAGAAGAUGAUCGGUAGUUCGUCAACAAAUUUUGCUGAUAUGGUAACCAUUGGGGAACGUGACGAGAGUGGACUGAAAUCGGGAAAAAUCACAGACACGACCGCACAGCAGACAACAAACAAGAGGCCGCAUUGGGGUUUUGCUAAAAAGAAUAAGGGGGGAGAAAACGCUGUAACGGCGAAGGCUCGCCCUCGAUAUCAAUUUCUGAUGGCCCAUAUGCCGUAUUACCCUUAUUCGUACAUCACCGCAGCUCAAUAUCAGCAACCGACAUUCCAGUACCAAUCGCAAACAACAGAAACAAUUUUGGUAAUCGACCCCAAAUUGACAAGAGAGAUACCCGCGGCCACUCCUCCAUUCCGCGCCAAGCACGAUCCUAAUGCUUCGUGCGCUUAUCAUGCUGGAUUCAUAAGGCAUUCUACAGAAGAUUGUUGGGCACUCAAAUACAAAAUCCAAGAUUUGAUCAAUCAAGACAUCCUGACUUUCUCUAAAGAAAAGCCUAAUGUAAAGACAAAUCCUUUGCCGAAUUACAACGGUGCAGUAGUCAACACCGUGAUUGAAGAGGAAAAUACCAAAUUUAUACUAAGGGCCGAAGAAGUGGAGACUUUGAUGUCCGUUGUAUUACAGAAGCUUGAACAGUUUGGGUUUCUAAAAGGGGUACAUGAUGAUUGCGCAAUAUGCGAGUCUAAUCCGGACAAUUGCGAUAAGAUGAGGAGUUGUGUGCAAGAACUGAUGGAUCAAGGGUUAAUACAAUUCUCCAAGUCUCAAGCAGCAAAAGAGGUGGCAGUAAUUGAACCAAUAACAAUCGUGUACAAAAAAAAGAAGGUUGAAGUUCCUCCCAAGAGGAUUCAACCGAUUCAUUUCCGUGUUCCCACUCUGUUCCCGUAUCAGAAUGCUAAGGCAGUGCCUUGGAAUUAUGAGACUACAACAUAUUUGGGAGGAAAAGAAAUUCGCAUUCCUGAUACAGAAAUCGUCAACAUUGCUGGAACGGGAGGCAUGACUCGAAGUGGUCGUGUAUUCGAUCCUAAAUAG